AUGGCUGACCUCUUAGUUGAUAGGGCGGCCAAGCAUGAGAUUUUAUCCUUCAUGGAUGGACACUCUGACUAUAAUCAAAUUUUCAUACCCAAGGAGGAUGUCCACAAGACAGCCUUUAGAUGUCCGGAUUUUAUUGGAACCUUUGAGUACGUGGUGAUGCCAUUCAGUGUUAAGAAUGUCGGGGCCGCAUAUCAACAGGCGGUGAAUGCCAUCUUCCACGAUAUGAUUGAUCAAACCUUGGAAAUUUACAUCGACGAUGUAGUUGUGAAGUCAGAGUCAAGGCCAGUUGGAAACUUCCUAGGAUUUUUGCUGCACCAAAGGGGGACCGAGAUAGACAAGAACAAUGCUAAGGCCAUAAUUGAUGUGCCACCCCUGAAAAAUAAGAAAGGUCUCUUAGCCCAAGGCAACGAUGAUAAGAAAGAGCAAGCAGUGUACUACCUUAGCCGGAUCCUAACGACCACUGAAAGGAAGUAUUCACCGAUUGAAAAACUUUGCUUGACUUUAUAUUUCACCGCGAUCAAAUUGAAGCACUACAUGUUGCCUUCCACAGUUCAUAUAAUUGCCAAGACUGAUCUGAUAAAAUACAUGCUUACUCAGGCAAUUAUUAGAGGUCAGAUAGGAAAAUGGAUAGUCUUGGCUGAGUUUACUUUUUGUUACGUACCACAACAAGCCGUCAAGGGGCAAGCUUUGAUUGAUUUCUUGGCCGCUCACUCUUGUGUCGAAAUAGAAGACAUGGACUUCUUUGUGUUGGACUUUGAUUGUUCCAACAACCAGGCCAAAUAUGAGGCCUUGAUCAUUGGGUUGGAGAUCAUGAGAUACCACAGAAUAAACAAUGUGUUCAUUCUUGGCAAUUCGAUGUUGGUUUUGAAACAAUUAUUUGGUGUUUACAAGGUGACUAGCCAAGCCUUGCUCAACUAUCAUGCUUUGGCCAGCCAAAUAAUCGAGAAUUUUGACGAGGAUACUUACUCAGCUACCGAGGGAACAUAA